AUGACCAACGAACAAGAGAGUCGCCUGCAGAUUAUCAAUGCAGAGAACAAUGUUCUGGAGGCGAUAUUUUUCAUUGCCGAGACCGGAAUACGAAUCUACGGCGACAGUUCUUCCAUCACGGUUACGUCGAUGAGCAACAACGAAGUCCUAAUGUCUGGCAGUGCACCAAGUGACUCCUCCAGGCUCUAUCGAGUACUAGACAGCAACUUCCUCCAAGAAAAAACGACAGGAGAGAAUGGUGAGCCAAUUAAACACCAAUUCAUUGUGCCCGAGUCACUAAUCGAUCGAGUGAAAGAGGACAUCAAGACAAGGAAGGAGCAGCGAAUAACUUCACAGUUGACUGAACAGAGUGCGUCUGAGGUUCGAACAGCUGAAGAGCAAGCCUUUCUGAGACUUUUUUCUCGGCAUGAAAUAUCGUUGAUUCGACCUGCAGCCAAAGCGUUAGGUAGGGCAGGUGUGAUGGGGUACGAAAACCGGGGAGCACUCUACUUCUACGGAAUAGCAAUGGCAUUGGGAAAAGCGCUGCAUCGACAGAACAUGAAUAGCAGUGGGAAUUGGGAAGGUAGCGGAGAUGCUACAGACAUGGGCCGUAGAAAAAGGCAAUUUAUUGAUGACCCUCUGCCUGACUUUCCGACCCUCACCCCACCACAUCCAUGUAACUAUUGCCCAAUUCUGCGACUCGCGGCCAUGGCAGUGCCAGAUCUCACCAUUAUCAUCAAUAUUUCUAGGUAG